AUGACAGCCAACGGAACAACCAGGCGGAACCCCCUCCCACGAGGUGUCUAUGUGCCCACGGUGGCAUUCUUCAAGCCAGAUGAAGAGGUUGAUCUGGCGGCCACCGAGAAACACGCCGCAUACCUAGCGCAGAGUGGCGUUACAGGCCUGGUCACUCAGGGCAGCAACGGUGAAGCAGUUCAUCUGGACCGUGAGGAGCGCAAGGCCAUCACAGCAGCCACACGCCGCGCCGUCGAUGCUGCAGGUUAUCCAAAUCUCCCGGUGAUUGCUGGUUGUGGUGCCGCAUCUACCCGCGAGACAAUUCAGCUUUGCAAGGACUCCGGCGAGGCAGGUGCGGAUGCCGUGCUGGUCCUGCCCCCCAGUUACUAUAAAGCUCUUGUUAGCAACGAGGCCCUCCACGCACACUUCCACGCCGUUGCGGAUGCAUCGCCUGUACCUGUUCUUAUCUAUAACUUCCCCGGUGCCUCCUCCGGUCUGGAUCUAUCUUCUGACGACAUCCUUGCGCUGUCCAAGCACUCCAAUAUCAUCGGAUGCAAGCUCACAUGUGGUAACACUGGCAAGCUUGCUCGGGUCGCUGCCGCUUCCAAGGCUGGAUUUUUGACUUUCGGUGGAUCAGCUGAUUUCACUCUGCAGACACUGGUUGCGGGUGGUGACGGUAUCAUUGGUGGUGUCGCUAACCUCAUUCCUCGGUCCUGCGUGCAAGUGAUGAAGCUAUACGAGAGUGGUCAGGUGGCCGAGGCGCAGAAAGUACAAGCCAUUGUCGCGCGUACGGAUUGGGGUGCUAUUCAUGGUGGCUUUGUUGCGGUGAAGAGCGCUUUACAAUCCUAUCGUGGUUAUGGUGGAUUGCCUCGACGCCCAUGCGUUGUACCCUCAACCCAGGCUAUUGCCGCCAUUCAUGAGGAAUUCCGGGAGGGUAUGGAGACGGAGAAGUCAUUUGAGAAGGCAUAG